UCACUGAAACUGGAAAGUACACCAUUUUAGCAUCUAUUUCAGAUCUUAUUCUUGAUUGUCUUAUACUGUAUUGCUAUGUCAGAAGGACAGUGUGGACUGGGAUACUACUAUGAUGGGCUAGUCGAGGAGUGUAAACAAUGCUAUUUACGAUGCAAUUCACCACCCAGGGUUUGCACAACAUACUGUACUCAAUCAUCAGAGAGCAAAGCCCCAGAGCCGUUCAACAUUCGUCUGACCUUGGUCUGGCUGUUUGUGUUCCUGUGUGCUUUUACUACUCUCCUGCUGCUGCUGCAGGUACUGAGGAAGAAGACAUGCAGACGUUUCCCAAGGAACAAAUUAUCACGACUACAGGAAGCAGAGUGUCCUGGGACUGAGAGGGUCUCUGAUGAUUUCCCUGAGCAGACAGUGGUUAUCAUGGGACAGGACAGCUUGACGAGUGGAGCUGGAGCCAUGGUUCUCCAGGAGGGAACAAACUGCCAGACCCCCGACUGCAACUCCAACCUGCCUGUCCCUUCCACUGAGGAGGGCACCACCAUACUGGUCACAACCAAGACAGUACAGAUCUUUAACCACACAGAUGACAUUACAGAGGCAAAGACAUUGGGGUUGUGGAGGUCUGGCUUUGCAGCUUGA